UUGGAACAGGUCGAUCACAUCUUAAUUAAUCGAAUAUAAUCUUUUCAUUUUCAUUUUAGAAUCACCAAAAAAUUUCUAUAAUCCAGGAGAAUAAUCGACGUCAGCCGCACCACCUAACUACAAAAACAGACAACAAGGGGAGUCAAUCCAAGCUAUGGAGUUGCAUUUGGUGCUUGUGAAGAUCUUACUGACAAUUCUGUUGAUCGGGUUCAUUAACCUGAUCAAACGUCUGUUUGAUGCUCUGAUAUUGAAGCCUCGACGGCUUCGUUCCAGGCUACAAAAGCAAGGAAUUGAGGGUCCUCCAUCGUCCCUUUUACUAGGAAAUCUCCAGGACAUAAAGAAGAUAAGAUUCAAGUGGUCAAAGUCAUUGGAAGAAGGAAAUCAGGAGAUAACCCACAAUUGCUCUUCCCUGGUGUUUCCAUCCUUCGACAAAUGGAGAGAACAGUAUGGUUCAACAUUUAUGUUUUCAAUGGGAAACACACAGAUUUUGCAUUUGAGCAGCCCAGAAUUACUCAAGGAAAUAAGCAUAAGCACCUCAUUCGCUUUAGGAAGGCCUUCCACUAACCAAAUAGCGGUCGAACCGUUGCUAGGACAAGGCAUAGUAGCUGCAAAUGGAGCACUAUGGGCACAACAAAGGAAAAUCCUUGCUCCUGAAUUUUACAUGGAAAGGGUCAAGGGUUUUGUGAAAUUAAUGGUGGAGUCCUCAAUUACGAUAGUAAACUCAUGGAAUAGUAAGAUUGACAGUGAAGGUGGAGUUGCUGACAUUAAGAUUGACGAUUAUUUAAGAAGUCUUUCUGGAGAUGUUAUCUCAAAAGCUUGUUUUGGGAGCAAUUACUCCAAAGGGGAAGAUAUUUUCUUAAAAAUUAGAGCUCUAAUAGAUUACGUACCGGCAAGAGUUUUGUAUCUGUCAAUUCCUGGAACGAGAUAUCUUCCAAUCAAGAUCAAUACGGAAUCGAGGAGAUUAGAGAAAGAAAUCCGCGCCUUAAUCUUGAAGGUUGUGAAGGAAAGAGAGGAAGGAUCAUCAGAAAUGGACUUAUUACAAAUUAUCCUUGAAGGUGCUAAAAGCAGUAAUUCAGGCCAAGAUGAAACAAAUCGCUUCAUUGUUGACAAUUGCAAGAACAUGUACUUGGCAGGGUAUGAGACUAGUGCAGUGACAGCAGCAUGGACAUUGAUGCUAUUGGCCUUAUAUCCAGAAUGGCAAGAAAAAGUUCGAGCAGAAAUUCUUGAUAUUUGUAGCGGUGAAUUGCCAAAUGCCGACAUGCUCCUCAAGAUGAAAACAGCAACAAUGGUGAUUAAUGAGGUACUGCGGCUCUAUCCUCCAGUCAGUUUUUUGACUCGGGAAGCACUCGAGGACAUCAAAUUAGGGGAUAUUAAUGUUCCUAAAGGAGUUAAUCUUUGGAUAAUGGUAGUCACACUUCACACAGAUCCUAGUAUAUGGGGACCUGAUGCAGAUAAAUUCAAUCCUGAAAGAUUUGCUAAUGGAGUUACCGGGGCAUGCAAGUUUCCUCAUGUGUAUAUGCCGUUUGGUACAGGAUCACAUACUUGUUUGGGACAAUACUUUGCCAUGGCAGAGCUCAAGGUCCUUUUUUCUCUUUUAUUGUCAAACUUCAGCUUCUCGCUCUCACCAAGAUAUAAACAUUCUCCAGCUAUGAAUUUGAUUAUGGAGCCUCAGUAUGGAGUGGAUCUCCUCGUCAGAAAGCUCUAG